AUUGUAGAUCUUUCAGCACUGGUUUUUCAAAAACCAUGGUAUCCAAAUAAUUUAAAUGGGAGAAAGGGAUCCCUAUGGCUAAAUAUACUAUAUUUUAGCCAUGGGUAUCCCUAAUGGCCAAUACGGCAAUACCUACCUGUUUUUCGAUUUUCAAAUUGUUCUGUUCUGUUAAUCUGUUGAAAGGUAACCAUAUUUAAGACGUCGGAUUUAGUAAUGACUGAUUAUUAGUGUGCGUGAGUACCCUGAAUGCUUCAUGUAAUUAAAGAUAAACUACAGCUAAGGUUCUUGGAAGGUUACCAGAAAUCAGUACCCAAAAAAGUAGCAUAGAUAACUGACGGUAUUGUGACUUACGGUCCGCGGAUUAAUAUUAUUAUUAUUAAUCCGUGUUGGCGUGUUACGGUCUUUCAAGUUUUGAGUGUCGAUUUAUUAUAAAAUAUUAAUAUAUUAUAGUCUUUACUCUUUCGAGUUUCGACUUAUAAUUUUGUGAUCAUGGUUUAUUCUUGUUGUGUACACGGUUGUUCUAAUCGUCAAGGAAAACCUGUCGAUUCCCGAAAAAUCCACUUUUUUUCAUUUCCUUUAAAAGACCCAAAGCGAGCAGACAAAUGGUUGUUAGCAAUUGGACGUAAAGGCUUCACCACUACUAAGUUUAGUAAAGUUUGCUCUGACCAUUUUGUAUAUGAGGACUUCAAAUCGAUUGUUGGCGGAAGUUAUCGUUUAAAUUUGAGAGAAAAUGUUGUACCUUCAGUAUUUACUUGUACUACAGAACUGAUGGCAAAACGAGCAAAAUUAUUAAACAUUACAAACUCUGAUACCCUCAAAAUAUGUGAAUUAGAGCCAGCUAAUUUAGCACCAUUGAGAUCUCCAAGCCCAGCUAAUCUUAAAGAAAUUGAUACACCAACUACCAAAUCUACAUCUAGUGUUCAACUUCUUAGGACUCCUUCAAAAGAAAGAACACUGCUAUUUUUGCCAACUCUAAAACAAAAAUUACCAGAUACUCUCAGAAAGAAAGCUCUGCAUAGCAAAAUUAAACUAUUACAACAAACAGUUAGGCGUAAAAAUAUUGUAAUUAAGAACCUUAGAGAUUUAAUAGCAAGUAUGAAAAAUAAUGGAUUUAUUGAUUCUAGCUUUAAAGGUAAUUUUGUAUAGUUUCAUAUUAUUAAUAAUGUGUUUAUAUAUGUCUAUGGUUCAAAUAUCUUCAUGCUUGGGCGAUAGGAGGGCCAUAGAUACACGGUAGCUAUGGUGCACAAGCAGGGUACGCAAAGAACUGGUUAACCGACGGCGACUUCCGGUGGUUAUCAAGGGUCAUACAGGAUUGAUGAAGGCGGGAGUGGUGAGGUGGACGAACUUUGACGUGAACGAAUGACGGUUGGACGGUGCCCAAAAACAUUAGAUGUUCCUCUUCCUCUUUACAUUUAUUUGACAGCCUUGGUCUCUCGACCUCCAGAGCCCCCAGUUCACAAUCUCCGUCCGGCGUCCGAUAACAAUUGCUGCUUGCCUAAAAGAGGCACGUUAUCAAGUCUAAUUUACUUUACAUAAUGAAAUUAAAAUUAAAUAUUUCAGUUUAUAUUUCCAUAUUUAUUGAAAAUUAAACAUUUGUUAUUUUA